UUGUGCGCUUUAAAAUCGUUCAGCCAGGCGAGGCCGGAAUUAAAAACCGGCAAUAAAUCGCGGAAUUCCCAACGCUCUCUCUCUCUCUCGCCGCAACGGCGGACUCCCCAAUCCAAACCCCCAUCCCAUCCCAUCAGCCCGCGCCGGCACCGGGCAUCGGCGGCGGCGGCAAAUCCGCUCCGGGGAUCAUCGCGAUCGGAUCGGCGCGGGUUUCGGCUUCGCUUCAGCGGCGCGGGUUCGUGCCCGAUCGGAGGGCGGCGGCGGCGGCGUCUCGGGGGAUAAUCUGCUGCGAGGCUUCCUCCUGGAUCGGAGCGGAAUGGACGGGGAGGCGUUCCGGGUGGGUGCCCACCUGCGCUCUUUGCACCCCUCGGCCGCCAUGGAGGAUCCGAUUCAGACCCAGAACCAGAACCAGUUCCUGUUUAAUGCAAAGUCCACGCCCCUGCAGCUGCAGCUGUUCGGAAGCCCCGCGGUCCCCGCGGUUGGUCCUUCUGGUUAUAUUAAUUACACUGGAAACAGCCACCUUUCUGUUACGAACCAAGCAAGGAACACAAACAUUGAUACAGGGAAUGAGAAGCAGCUGAAGCUUCAAAUGUCCUUGAACAACUAUCAUCAACAGGAUGCUGAUCAAUUGGCACGUGUUGGCAAUCCAAGUGCUGUAUCAACCGGUUUAAGGCUGUCCUAUGAGGACGAUGAGCACAAUUCGUCUAUCACAUCUGGUAGUGGUAGCAUGUCCUCGUUGCCUACUACGAUGUCUCUUGUUGAUGAUCUUAUGGCUGAAAUUGACAAUGAAAACAAAGAGAUUAGCUAUUACUUAAGACUUCAGGCUGAGCAAAUAGGCAAGCAGAUGAAGGAGGUGAACCAGCGGCGGAUGAUAUCUUUCCUGGCAAAUCUCGAACGAGCAGUAGGAAAGAAGCUGAGGGAGAAGGAACUGGAGGCGGAGGCCAUGAACAGGAAGAGCAAGGAACUGAACGAGCAGAUAAGGCAAGUUGCCCUAGAAGUCCAGUCGUGGCAGUCAGCUGCUCUGUACAACCAGUCGGUCGCCAACAGCCUCAAGAGCAGGCUGAUGGAAGUGGUGGCGCAAAACACCAACCUGACCAGGGAAGGCUCCGGCGACAGUGAGGAGGACAAUGCAGUCUCCAGCCAGAAUCCCAACCCCGGAGCACCUGGGGGCUUCUUCCAGUCCAGCCUCCUUGGAGGCCGGAGCACGACGGCAACCGUUGGGCUGGGGGCCUGCAGGUGGUGCGGCGGGAAGGAGGCGUCGGUGCUGGUGAUGCCGUGCCGCCACCUCUGCCUGUGCGUAGACUGCGAGAGGGUCUCUGAUGUGUGCCCAGUCUGCAGGUUCCCCAAGAGCGGCAGCGUUGAGAUCAACAUGUCCUGACAAGAAUCCUAUGUACGUCGAAGUGCACUGGACGAGCAAUAUACACAGUAACUAGAUGGUAAGUGUGCUCCAACAGUGGUGUACAUGUUAGCAUUUUUUUUUUCUUGAGAAGUUCUGGAAUCGGUCCAGGUGUAAGGUCACCUCACCUGCUUGGGUUUCAGAAGGUAAAAGGGUUCAGGUUUGCAUCUUGCAAUUCAUGUGCAUUCUACAUUGCGUC